AUGCCUUUUGGCCUGAAGAAUGCGCCCCAGAUCUAUCAACGUAUGAUCGAUAACGCGUUAUAUGGGUUCACCCGGAUCCCGAAGUCUGAAGAUCACGGAAGUAUGGCGGAUGUACUUGAGGACAGAGAACCAGUGGAUCCAGACAACCCUUCGGUGCUGGGCCGCAGAUCAUACAUCGAUGACAUCCUGAUCCCCGCUAAUAGCAGGGACCAGCUAUGCGACCGAGUCGAGGGAUUGCCCGAAGCGUGUGAUAAAUGGAACCUGUCGAUCAGCGUAGUUAAAAGUUUCUGGGGAAUGCCCAAGGUCGAAUAUCUAGGUCAUAAGGUCUCACACAAUGGACUGGAGGAAAACCCGAAAGAUCUGUUGGCGUUGACGGAUCUAGCAUUCCCUAGAUCACUUCGAGCUAUGCAGUCAUUUUUGGGAAGUUUGAACUACUAUAGUCGAUUUAUCGAAGACUACGCGAUCUACGCGUCGGUUCUAUCCACGGCUUUGCAAGGACGUCUGGGACAAUGGGCCGCUCUGUUGUCGCCUUGGACGCAGGAGAUUACUAAGUGUGUCAAAGGAAAGGACGAGAUCUUGGGAACACUGGCAGCCAGUAUCACCCCUAGAUCAGAAGUGGGUAAGGCGUUGAUCUCAAUCACCCCCAAAAAGGAGCCAAGACGUAAGAUCCAGGUUCCGAUCCCCACGAUCAGACGUGAUGAGGAGCUAUAUGUCGUCAGCUUCGAUGGAUCGGCCCGUGUCAAGAGAGGUGGAGGCGCCUACAGCGCGAUCUUGUGGAAGCUGCCUGAAUGGAGGGUGUUGAAAGCUAGAUCAGGGUAUGCCGAAGGCUUGACAGUGAAUGAGGCAGAAUACCAUGGCCUAGCAGGUGCUGCCCUACAACGACAAUGCGGGAUCGAGAUAGAGUCUGAUGCAGAGAUCCAGGACCUCAUAACUUUGAAUCGGCUGGAUGAGACCCUGAUAGUGAAAGCUGAAGAAGAGACCGUACAGGUGUCAGCAGUGACGACCCGAUCAAAGGCUAGAUCGGGGGUACGUACUGGAUCUGAUCCAGGCUCGCUACGAGAGGAAGUUGUGAGAGAGUUACGGAUCGAGCGGAUCCGACAAGCGCAGGACGAGGAGUCGUGGAUCAUGGGCUUGAAGAAGUCUGAUCGGAGAGAUCCAACAUCUGAGACAGGAAGAGGCUAA